AUGCGGAGCAAACACGCCGGACUUCAAUGGACAAUUAAUUGGGAUCUGGGAGUAGUUAGUUCCCAAUCUGUGUCUGUGGGUGUCUGGGUAAGAGAACAGUCUCGAUUGCAGAACAGGGUCAUUAGAUGGCUCCAUUCCUGGAACUGUGUGCGAUGGAGAGAAGGCGACUUGCUCAGUCUCGGCAAAGUAGUUCUUUGGGUUCUCGUUCAAGGUGAAUCUACCAAAGUGUCUCAAUGGGAAGUCCUUGUGAGGCCAGACCUUGGUAAGAUCAAACACAGAGAAUGGAAUCUUCUUGGACUGUUCCAGAGUCAUUGUCUGGAUGUAGCACUCCCACGAUGGGUAGUCACCUCUCUCAAUUGCCUUGUAGAGGUCUCCAGUGUGGAAAUCUGGGUCUUCUCCAGCGAGCUUUCCAGCCUCAUCGUCAAGCAGGUUAUGCACACCUUGGUUCGAGAUGAAGUGGACCUGAACGUUUGUAGCUGGGUUUCUUUUUUGAGUGUGGAUGAAGUGAGGGAACUUGGUUGGAUCCCUAAUAAAGAAAAUAGGGGUGUUAUUGUAAACCAAGUCCAAGUUUCCGUCCUCGGUGUAGAACUUGGUAGCAAAUCCUCUUGGGUCUCUGGCAGAGUCUGCAGAACCUUUCUCACCACCGACGGUGGAGAAUCUGGUGAAAAUUCUGGUCUUCUUACCAACAGUGUCCAAGAACUUGGCGGAACACACAUCGGUGAUGUCAUCAGUGACUUCGAAAACACCGUAGGCACCCGCACCCUUGGCAUGGACAACUCUCUCUGGAAUUCUUUCUCUGUCGAAAUGAGCAAGAGAGUCGAUCAGCUUAAAGUCUUGGAAAUCCCAUUUGAGUCUGCCCAGCAGGCCAAGAUCGCACAGGACUCGCUGAACCCAGACUCUACAUUGAAGCCAGACCAGGUCCAAACCUCGUUCUCCGUUUCCGAAAACGUACUCCAGAUUGUUUUUGACGGUGUUUCGGAAAGGGCCAUCAGGGUGGCAGCCAACAAUACCAUCGAGAACUUGAAAACCGUGCUCGAGUGCAUGGAGGAGUUUGAGAUCGCUAAUUAA